AACGACCGUGUAGAGUUCAGUUCACCACCGAAUCCUUUCAAGAUACAAGUGAUAGCAUGUAUGCUAAUAUGCUAAUGUGUAGGGCGGGCGACAAAGUUUGGGCAUCUAAAUAGCUUCUACAACUAUAUAGCUAAAGCAAUACAGUAGCAAUGGACGAAAACCGUGACAUAAUGUGAAGUAUCGCCAGUGCAACAAUUCUAGAAAAAGUAUUUUAAUAUGGCUACUCGAGAUACACGCCAAUACCGGAGGGCUCCCAAGCAAGAGCAGGACGACGACUCUGACGCAGAGGAGUCGACUAUUUCCUUAAAGAAACCUGAUGGACGCGAGUCACAGAUCAUCCAUAGUGGUCAUUUUAUGGUGUCGUCUCCUCAUACCGAUCACCCCCCAAAGAAAGGUUACGAUUUCGACACUGUGAAUAAACAAACCUGCCAGACGUAUCAUUUCGGGAAGACUAGCACAUCGCAUCUCUCUAUUGAUGCCUCCCUGACGAAGCUCUUCGAGUGCAUGACCCUUGCAUACAGUGGAAGGUUGGUGUCACCAAAAUGGAAGAACUUCAAAGGCCUCAAGCUGCUGUGGAGGGACAAGAUUCGCCUCAACAAUGCUAUCUGGAGAGCCUGGUAUAUGCAAUAUGUAGAGAAGAGACAGAACCCUGUUUGCCAUUUUGUCACACCUUUGGAUGGCAAUAUGGAUUCGGGAGUACAUCGACCAACAGAGGCAAUAGCAACAGAAGGCAAGUACUGGAAAAGGAGAAUUGAAAUCGUCAUCAGGGAAUAUCAUAAAUGGAGAACAUAUUUUAAGAAAAGAUUACAGAAGCACAAGGAUGAAGACCUGUCCAGCCUUCUCAAGGGUGCGGAGGAACAGUUUUCGCUCUUUGGGGAAGUGUGGCCAGACACCUACCGUGUCCUCUUCUGCCAGGAUGAGGAUGUCAGUGUGGGAGGUCGUCGUAGGUCCCGCAAGAGUCGGGAUUCGCCCGUUCCAAUGGAGAUGGACUCCCUUUUUGACAUGGACGUGCUCAUGUCUGAAUUCUCAGACACACUCUUUUCCACCCUGGCCUCUCAUCAACCUGUAGCAUGGCCCAAUCCAAGGGAGAUUGCCCAUGCAGGCAAUGCCGAUAUGAUCCAGCCAGGCCUCAUCCCACUGCAGCCCAACCUGGACUUCAUGGACACUUUCGAGCCUCUGCAAGAUUUGUUUCACACCCUGCGUCCGCAAGCCUUCCCCUUCACUUCCCAAACUUCCCCACCAGUCACUCCCUUAACCAGCAGCAGCUCCCAAACACAGAAUCCCUUGCUGUCGUCCAUGCCGGAGCUUCCCUCUCUGCCACCGGACUACCGCCUCAUCCCGUCUGCUCCACUGCCCAGCCAUCUCGCAGUCGCCAACCAGGACAACGGUAAUGCCGCUGGCCCGUCCUACCAACAAGCCUACGUGCCUCUUUACACAGAGCAAGUGACUCCGUCCGUCCCAUCUCUCCUGCCACCACCAGCUCCACCUCUCCCGCCAGGAGGUGUUUCAACAGACACUACAGUCCCUCAGCCCGACACAAACAUCCCAUCUCCUUCUGUAAUAACACACUCCGCCCCUUCCACAGUAACUCCCACUGAUGCUGCCACUACCUUCAGUCGCAGGCCCAGCUUUGAGUCUCCAUCAACCUCUGCCUUACCAAACUCACAGUCGGUCAACUUCGCCUUGCCCAAAUCCAUUCCACCUUCUGUUCCUAGCAAAAAGGCCAGACACCCACAGAGACAGAUUGUCCCGGCCAAUCCACUGCCUUCUCAACUCAUACUCACAGGUCCCGCCCGUGCUGUCAUUGUUACCUCGUCCCCUCUCAACUCUGAUGUUGUCCCCACCACUGGUUUCAUUGCCUCCUCCAGUAUUCCUUGUGGUUCUGCUGGGUUUCAUAUUCUCCCUCAGACACAGAAGUCUCCCCAACUGAUCAUACCCAAAGAGGAAACUGCCACAAAUGUGUCCAGCAGCAGGACAUCUGUACAGUCUUCAAGUACAGCACACGACGGACGUGUUUCGGGUCAAGGGUCUCCAUUGGGAGCAGAACAGGUACCAAGCCCCCAGUCACCUCUUAACACCAGCGCAGGCAUGGGCAAAAAUGGAACCUGUAAGAGUCGCAGAGUGACUCACAUAUCUGCAGAGCAGAAGAGGCGAUUCACCAUAAAUGUCUGCUUCAAGACAUUGUGUAAUCUUGUGCCGACCCUCAAGUCUCAAUCAAAUAUCAGUAAUGCUGCAACACUUCAGAAAACAGUUGAUUACAUUGGCAAACUACAACUAGAGAGACAACAGAUGCAGGAAGAGACCAAGAGACUACGAGAGGAGAUUGAGGAGCUUAAUACAUCUAUAAGCUUGUGCCAGGAACAGCUCCCCGAUACAGGGGUUCCCGUUACACGACAUCGCUUUGACCACAUGAGGGAGAAGUUUGAGGACUAUGUGAAGAACAGAACUCUUCAGAACUGGAAAUUCUGGAUAUUUAGCGUCAUUAUUCAACCUCUGUUUGAGUCCUUCAAUGGGAUGGUGUCUACCACCAACAACACAGAGCUUUGUGAAUCCACCAUGCAGUGGCUGGAUCGUUACUGUGCCCUCCCUGUCCUCCGACCUAUGGUGCUCAAGACAUUACGACAGCUCUGUACCACCACCUCCAUCUUGACCGAUCCCGCACUGUUAUCCGAGGAAGCCAAAAAAGCUGUUCUCAACCCAAAAAAACAUUCCUCGUGAUCCUCAGUUUUAACCCUCUGACAUUGAAAAUGUGAUUUUUAAGAUUUUUUAUCCAGGCAUGUCAGUCUUCAGGAGCCUUGUGCCUGUGGUGAGAUCUUUGCUUUGUUGUUACUAAAAACUCUACGUACAUGGUCAGAUUUUUUGCUUCUCUUAUGUUCAGGAAUAUGCAAAUGGCCACUCAGUCCACUGAAUUCUUUUCUUUUUUAGCAUAAGCGAUUUAUUUUAAAAUGACAAACCAAAGUCAGUCUCUCUUGUUUACGUUCAUCAUCUUGAUAGCCAUACAGCUGGCAUGUCUCCGACUGCAUAGUUUUACUAGACCUGUUGCCUUGAGACUCAGGGUGUGUGUUUGUUUUUUCAUAUGUUUGGGUGUUUUCUGUAUUUGAUGCUGUUAUUCUGAUUAUUUAGUGUCCUUUUAUAAAUUUAACCUCUGUUCACCCCAAAAACCGCUACACCAUUGAACAAAUACCAGGAAUGAGACUUUUUAAGAGCAUGGACAGAUGCAUGGGCCUGCAAAACUAUAUGCCGAAAAUAACAAAUAUUUAUAUUCAUGUAAGUGUGAAGUGCGUUUGUUGUUUCUUAAGAUGAACAUUUAAAGGACUUUCGAUAGGCUGAUUAGUGUUUGUUUUUUUCUUUUGGGGAGGACGUCUUAAUGUCAGACACCUGAUUUCAGCAGUUCAUAUUAAACGGCCCACAGAUCUAAAAUGCAAGGUGUACCAUCUAUUAUUAAAGAAUGAACUUUUUUUUUCACUAUAUGUUCUGAAUGCUGAUUUGCUCAACACGUUUCUGCAUUUACUUGGUGAAAAAAAAUGAAGUAACUGUGGAAUGUUCCCAAUAAAAAUAUAUGAAUUUUGCAUUCAUUUA